CCAUAAGGUACCUUUUAAGGCAGUUUAUCAAGAGGUGGUAUUGCAAAACUAAUCAGUCCUCAAGCCAACACUUUCAGCCUUGUGAUACUGGGUCCUGUGUUCCAGGGGUGACCAUGACAGUGUGUAAUGGACUUCCCCAGCUGACCGUGCCACUGCCCUCUCGCCGUGACCUGUGCCGGUUCACCCUGAGGCCUGUGACUCACACCGUGCAGGAUCUGAUCAACCAGCUCACCCACGAAGACCAUGGGAUUGAUCGCAUUGUGCUCAGAACCACAGGUGGAGUGAGAAUCUCCUCUUCAGAUAGCAUCGAAUCCCUGCUAAUGAGCGACUUUGAACUUGUUAUCAACGACACAUCAUAUCGAGUUGAAGUACCCACUGGUCAGAAACUCACAUUGAUGCAAAACCAUGCCAUCUUACAGGAAGAAAUAAGUGAUAUGGGAGAUGUCCGUCAGCUAGUAAACAAGCUCUACAUGGCCCUCAACAUAGACCAGCAUCAGGUGAUGAAGGAGCGCGACAUUGUUGCUCAGAUUGAGGAACUGAAGGCUCAGCUGGCCCCAUUGGAGAAGAAACGUGAGGAUUUGGUGACAGCCGCUGAGCGUCGCACUAGCAUCUUGACAUGGGCUGGACUUGGAUACAUGGCUCUCCAGUUUGGUUUCCUAGCCAGACUGACCUGGUGGGAAUACUCAUGGGAUAUCAUGGAGCCUGUGACAUACUUUGUGACAUAUGGCACAGCAAUAGGAGCUUAUGCCUACUAUGUUGUAACAAAACAGGACUUUGUGCUCCCUGAUGUCCGUGACCGUCAGUUCCUACUGAGCUUCCACAAGAAAGCCAAGAAGUUGGGAAUGGACGUUUCCCACUAUAACGACCUCAAAAACCAGUUGGCCGAGUUGGAGUCUGACUUGCGAAGGCUCCGUGACCCCUUGGCUCUCAACCUACCUCACUCUGCCCUUAAGACUCCCCCAACUGCACAAGCCCCUCUUGCAAAGGCACAAAAGCACAUCAAAAAUUUGUUGGGACUUAAGGAUGAAAAGAAAUAGCUUUAACAAACAAAAUGUCUAGGAAAAUCAAUGAAAACUUUUUUUGUAGAUCGUAGAUUAAAAACAGGUAUACUUUUAACUACAAGAUGUCAUAAUGCACAAAGUUGCUCAGUUAAUUCUUAGCAACAUUCAACAAAUAGUAAAGAAUUAGAUGACAGUUAUCCAUCUGUAUUUUGCUAUGGCAAGUCAGUGGAGACAGUAAGUAAUGGGAAAACAUAGUGGAAAGAUCUUGUAUGGGAACUGCCAACUACAAUUUAAAGGACUAGUUUGGAAACAGUUAUGUACAGAAUAUUUUUCAUUAUCAUAUUAGAAGCCUGGGUGUAUUAUUUCAGAAAAAAAUUGCUCUCUGAACUAAUCUUGUGGUAUGAUUAUAUAGAUCAGAUGAAAACAA